GUAAACGGGUAGUGAAUACAGGACACGUUGGUUAAUGCGCGUAAAGACAAAGCAAUCAGUUAAUGUGCCUUGAACACAAUGAGCAAAACAACAAGUUGUGGCCGUUAAGUGUUGCGGGUGGACGUGCUUUACUCAUUUGACAUUACCAACCACGAGUGCGGUCAAACAAAGAAACAUAAUCGAACAGCUACUGCGCAGCGAAGAUAUGAGCGCAAAUAUGUAACACAAAUCCUAAUUCAAUAAACCAAGUUGAAACAGCUGCGAAAUAUGAAACUAACUGGUUUGAAAUAUUCGUGCAAACAAUUGUUCAACAUAGCUCUUGGUGCAUUGUUGAAUCACCCAUAAACUGUUCAUAAACUGGAGAGAUCAACAUAGUUGAACUUAAAUAACUUGACAUCAACCAAAAGUUUGACUUUCGAAACGCACAUACAACAAGAUCUUGUUUCAGGCACUGAAAUGUGCAGUAAAAUAAAAUGCAAGUAAACCAGAACCGGUAGCAAGAAACACCAUUAAACGUAUAAAGAGUUAAUACGAAAUAGCAGUGAAAUAUACAGACGGCCUGGUGGCUAUGUAGAGACACAACAAAAAUGGCGGAUCUUAAAGAAAAAAUCAGGGAUCACAAAAUGGUUAAUUUGAUUAAAUGCAUUCUUGCCGGGUUUGUAACCAGGGAUGCUCUUAUUCCAAUUGUCACGAAUGUAAUGGAAGCUGUGAAGGUAUCCCUGACGCGCCAAACUGGAAAUUUAACAUGCGGUGUGUGCUCGACCCCGAAUGUCAUUGAUUGUCCAGCGAAGGACAUAUGCGAUAGAAACAAACGAAAAUGCUCCUUUCAUGCCAAGCAAAAGUUCCAGAAGUGCGGAAAAGGUGUUUGUCAGACGGUAAGAGACGCAAUAUCACAACUACACCGUCAUGAAAACCCAUCUUGGUGCAAUACGGAUGCCACACAAUGGUUGACAGAGUCGUGGGAGGUCGCAAAGUGUUUUCUGCCUCCACAAGGCUACGACGAUAAGGACAGUGCUGAUAAAACAGAUAUCAACGGAAUAUUGAACUUGAUUAUAAAUUGUCGAGACUUCGACAACGAAAUCGGUGACGAUCUUAGCAAGCGGGAAAAUGUUUGCACCAUCGUGAGGGAAAAGAUGCGCAGUAUUAGACACGCGUCACAGACUGAUGUUCCUGAUGUCAUUAUGCAUGACGUCAUUAAUGCGUUGACCAAUCUUCUGAAAGAUAUCAGACGCCCUGGCAAUUUUCCAGAAUGCAUAAAGGCAAUAAGUAAACUGAAUGAGAUAAAGCAAGGCGAUUUCGACAUCAAAUCUGAAAGUAUCGAUGUACAACAGGACGUGUUAAAAGAGCUGGUGUCAAUGAACUUAGAGGAAAAAGUGGAAUAUUUAUACCAUUACUUUAGCAAAAAGAUCCAAAUAAUAAGUACCGAAAUUGCGACCCUGAAGGACGUAUCAGAAACAAAACACGCGCGUCUGACAGAAGACUUCAAAAAAGAUUUGAAAAACUUUUAUAUCAAGUUCAAAAAUCAGCUUCCCAUCUAUCCAUUACCGCCGCAUGUGAAAGGGACGGUAGGAGACCUUUAUGUUACGCCAAAUGUUAUCAGACUUGACCACGGAAAAAACAACAGAGAAGUACAGCCCCACAGACAUUCAUUUAGAAAGUCGUACUCAGCAGAUGAAUUACACCUGUCUGACGUUCUACUCAACCAUGGCAACAUCGUUAACGAAGUUUAUAUGAUAGGUGAGCCAGGGGUUGGAAAAACCGCCUUUUGCGUUAAAACUGCAUUGGCAUGGGCUUCAAAUCAUGGCCCUACAGACACUGACAGGUUUUUUCAGUUUGAAACGCUUGGUCAAUUCAAAUUCGUGUUCUUGGUGUUCUUACGGGACUUCAGUGGCCGUGAAUGUGAUGUUGACAAGAUGAUAUACUACCACAUUCUUGCAAACCUGCCGGCCAAAUACACUGAUCAAUUCCUACAGAGGGUGCUUGAUGAAGAGGUUUGUCUCAUUAUUCUGGACGGACUUGAUGAGUGGCGACAUAGGGACGACAGCGAUUGCUAUUGUGGAGCACAAACAAUGAUUCCACGGCGAAGAAUGCGCGACAAAUGUUUAGUCCUGACAACCACACGACCGUGGAAAAUGGCAUUCGCGAGAAUGUCGUCCGAUAUCGAAAUUGAACGCCGUUUCGAAAUAACUGGUGUGAAAGAUCCACGCGACCUUGCAGAAAAGGUUAUUCAAUGUCUUAACAACAAGACAGGAAGAAAUGUGUUGCCAGAUGAUUUCUUCAACUCAGUAAAGGACCACAAUUUGACACACUGUCUUAACGUGCCAGUGCUCAACAUGCAACUCCUGUAUCUUUGGUAUACAGGAGGAAAACUUGGAUCAUCCGUGUGCGACAUCUAUAGGAACAUGAUAGAUAUGUUGUUUGGGCAACUAAGAAUGCGGUUGUCAUCGGGCAGUGAUAUGGAGCAAAUGAGUGACGAUGCAAAUGACAAAGCUCAAGAUGGCCUUUUAGAAAAACUGCAAAAACUAGCGUUCGACACCCUAAUUGACCAUGAAAGAGAAUCGUCGAUUGUGUUUGACCAAUCUGUGGUUGACAAAGCCUUAAAUUCAGAUGAAAAGAAAAAGGCACUUCAAAUAAAGCAAGGCGAUUUCGACAUCAAAUCAGAAAGUAUCGAUGUACAACAGGACGUGUGGAAAGAACUGGUGUCAUUGAACUUCGAGGACAAAGUGAAAUAUUUAUACCAUCACUUUAGCAAACAGAUCCAAAUUAUGAGUACCGAAAUAGCGACACUGAAGGACGCAUCAGAAACAAAACACGCGCGUCUAAUAGAAGGAGGAAAACUUGGAUCAUCAGUGUGCGACAUCUACAGGAACAUGAUCGAUAUGUUGUUUGGGCAACAAAGAAUGCGGUUGUCAACGGGCAGAGAUAUUGAGCAGUUUCGGGACGAUGAAAAUAACAAAACUCAAGAUGACCUUUUAGAAAAACUGCAAAAACUAGCGUUCGACACCCUGAUUGACCAUGAAAGAGAAUCGUCCAUCGUGUUUGACCAAUCUGAAGUUGACAAAGCUUUAAAUUCAGAAGAAAAGAAAAGGUCACUACAAAGGGCAGAGGCGGGACGAAUAAAAGACAUAGAUGUCCGACGUUAA